GUGUGAUCACUCAGAGAAUCAAGAGCUCUUUACUAAAACCGAACCUCUCACCCUUACCAGUGGAAAUUUUCCGUUGGUGGGGGUGUUCAGGGGACCACUUUUUUUCCCCCUUUUUUUUUCCCGGAGAGGAAGGGUGAUGCUGUUCUUCGUUCACUGGGAAUGUAUUGACUGAGGAUCCAACUCUCAGCCUUCCAGCUGGACCCUGCUGCUGCUCUGCUCACUGUGUGGGGUUUAAACCAGGACAUAAACACACCUGACAGCUGAGAGUUCUCCUUGGCUGCUGUUUAACCACAGCUCUAAUAAAACCAUGAGGAUCUUCCUCUUGCUUUGCCUGCUGGCGCUAGGCAAUGCCAAACCCUACCAACCAAUCAAUGUUAUGGACUACCUGAAAAACUAUGACACAAAAAUCCAUGAAAUCAUGAUGUCGGAUUCAAAUGAUGAUGACGAUGAUGACGAGGAGGACGAUGAUGAUGACGACGAUUACGAUGAUGAGGACUGUCCAGCUCAUUGCCAUUGCUCACCCAGAGUGGUGCAGUGCUCUGACCAGGGUCUGAUAUCUGUUCCUGAUAAGAUUCCAGAAGACACAGUGAUGGUUGAUCUCCAAAACAAUGAUAUCACUGAAAUCCAGCAGGAUGACUUUAAAGGCCUCAACAAGCUUUAUGGCCUGUUUCUGAUCAACAACAAGAUCUCUAGGAUUCAUCCAAAGGCCUUCAAAAACAUGGACAAUCUCAGACUGCUGUAUCUGUCCUACAACCUGCUGAUUGAGAUCCCUGCAAAUUUGCCUCCCAAUGUCAUUGAACUCCGCUUUCAUGAAAACCAGAUCGACAGAAUUCAGAAGGAUGCAUUUAAGGGCUUGAGGAAACUUCAUGUGUUGGAGCUGGGGGCCAACCCUCUGGCCAACAGUGGAAUUGAGAUAGGAGCUUUUAAUGGCCUGUCGACUCUGUAUAUCGGUAUAGCGGAAGCCAAACUAACUUCCAUACCAAAAGAUUUCCCAUCCUCCAUUACAGAACUGAGUCUGGACUACAACAAGAUCUCUAAGGUGGAAAUAGAAGACUUCAUCAGAUAUAAAAACUUGCAGAGGCUAGGACUAGCUUUUAACCAGAUCAAGUAUGUAGAAAAUGGCAGCCUUGCCAACACCCCGAAAAUCCGUGAGAUCUACCUGGACAACAACCGUAUGAGAAAGGUCCCGCCUGGCCUUAGUUCCCUGCGCUACCUACAGGUAAUUUUCCUCCAUGGCAACAAAAUCAGCAGUGUGGGAAUCAACGACUUCUGUCCCAUCAGGGACGACAGCAAGAAGAACCUGUACACUGGCAUCAGUCUCUUUGCCAACCCUGUUAAAUACUGGGCCAUACAGCCGGCAACCUUUCGCUGUGUGACCGGACGGAGGGGUGUUCAGCUCGGAAACUUCAGAAAGUAGCGUGGAAGGAAAUGAUAGCUCAUAAAUGAAGAAGAAAUGCCUCUUGAUAAAAUAAGGACAUAGCUGGAAAUAAUUCUAAUAGGCUAAAAACAGAUUAAACUGUCCUAUUAAAGGGUUAACUGUUCAAAAAACAAACAAACUAGAAAGAUGUAUAUUUGAACCUGUAGCACACGGGGAAUGCAAGUACCAUUUACACCCUGAUGAAGAUGAAAAUGAUAUCAUAAGCUAUAACACUAGGAAAUGUUUUUAGCAGCUACAAACAUCAUGAAAUAGAAGGAUGUCACAGAACGAACAGCAUUACAAUCAAAUCUUAAACAAAACAAGAGCCCUGCUCACCUUUGUAAGGUGCAUGAUAGGAUGUUUAGCUUUUGCCUUAUAACUUUUAUUCUUUCUUAGGAAUAAAGCGCCUCCCUCUGGUCACUUUUUGAGCAAAAUUACCCAAUGAUAUGAGUGGUAUUACAUCCUGUACAUGUAUUGUUUAAAGAAAGGAGAUUCUUUUUUUUUCUUAUUAUUUUCUUUCUAGUUUUAAAACCGUAAGCAUUGUUUAAUGAGAUGUAGAGUAGAAAAGUGUUUAAGUCUUUGUAAUACUUACAAAAACUUUAUUUGUAUUAUGAAGCCUUUUUUUUUUCAAAUUAGAUGUUGUAAUUAUCGUAGAAGAGUCACUAGAGGCCACUAACAGGAGCUGAACAGCUACACCUAUACUGAAAUAUCUUUUUCUUCCAGCAGAAGUCUGUACGGUCAGUGGUGUUGGCAUUAUGAAGUGCACUUUGCACACAGUGAUGAAGUGUCACUUUGAAGCCCCAUGUCUGUGGAUAUUUUACAUUAUCUCAAUGCAUGUUAGUUAUGUUUUUAUUUAGAAGCUGACAGCCUAAUGUCAGACUGGAUUAUACAUUGGUCUUGAUGCAAAUACGUCCUCUGCAGGACUGGGGAUAUACUGAUUACCUGUAACUAAUGUAUAAAUUUACCCCUGUUUAAGAGAACUAUAGCAUCCAUGUGAACUACAGUUAAUUUUAAAAUAAUAAGAUAGGAGGAUUCCUAAUCUGGAUAUCUGAGAACAUCUCAUGGUCAACCAUGUUCCUGUUUCUUCCAAUGGUCUCUGAUCUGAAAUGGUGCUAUAUUUAUUGAGGAUGUCGCUAAAUAAAA